AUGAGUAUCAAGCUGGUAGUUGGUGGGUUUACUGUAAACGUGAUUAGUGCAUACGCUCCUCAGGUAGGUUUGGACCAGGAGGUUAAGAAGCAACUCUGGGAAGAUUUGGACGAGAUGAGAUUUCAAUGCCUUAUUGGGGCUAGUGCUAGGGGUUAUGAUAAUAUGCAUGGCGGGUUUGGUUUUAGGGUUAGGAAUGAGGGAGCGAAUUCACUAUUGGAUUUUGCUAGAGCUUUUGAUUUGGUUAUAGCUAACUUGAGUUUUCUGAAGAGGGAAGAGCACCUGGUCACUUUCCAGAAUUCAAUGGGAAAGACUCAGAUUGAUUAUCUUCUCUACAGUAAAUGCGAUAAAGGUCUGUACACUGACUGCAAGGUCAUCCCAAGUGAGCACCUCAUGACCUUACAUUGGCUCCUAGUUAUGGACCUGGAGAUCAAGAAGAGUAGGAGGAAGAAGGCGAGGUGCAAGAAACCUAAGAUCAAGUGGGAUAACUUGACCAAGGACAAAGCUUAG